UCCACAAAGAACAUAUCACAGAACAAGGUGAUGUUAUAUUAAACCAAUAUAUUCACGGGGAUCGACAGGGGGAAAAGAAACCGUUAUAUAGAUGUAAACUGCUAGACUUUUUGGUGUAGAUCGUUUCCGAACCGAUUUACACAAAUCCCAUCGAUAUCAUCUCAACACUACAAGAUCGCCAUCCGCCAUGCGUUUAUCCAUCCUCGCCGCAACACUGACCUACGCUUCCGCCGUAUCGGGAGCGAUAACAUGGACGCUGCAAAAAGCCUCUAACCCAACGGCUGACCAAUCGGAGGCGUAUGCUCGCAUCGAAUCAGCUAUGAAGCUUGCUGUUGCGCGAUACUCCCGCUUCACGAGCGCCAGCAAGACUAUCCGAGUUUAUUAUUCUCCCGGCGUACCCACAGCCGAAGCCAACUAUAACGGAGACCUUCGAUUCGGCUCAGACCGGUCUUACAUGACCGAGCGCACGGCGAUGCACGAGAUAGCUCACACGCUUGGGGUUGGACAGACGGCUGCUUUCGAUCAACACUGCGCGGCCAAUAACUGGCCGAAAGCGACGCCGCUGCUUCGGUCGUGGGAUGGCCCUAAUGCUAAGAUAAGCUGUGGUGGCGGCCACUUUUGGCCUUAUGGUCUGAACUACGAGAGCGAGUGGAGCGAGACAAAUGGUGACCGCCAUGUUCAACUAGUUGACGCUAUGCUUGCCGAUGGGAUGUAAGGGGUACUUUGUUCAUUAGUAGCGCGUACGAAUACAAGAAUCAAUGAAACAGGUACUUAUGCGCUUCCGAAAUGCAUUAAGCGGUUAAGGAUAAUUGAUAAUUACGGAGGGACGCGCGACUCUGAACGAGGCUAUUCGUAUUUAUGAAAGGGGGCGGAAAGCUGCUGGAUUCGAGAUGUACAUCUCUUAUGUAUUGUGAGUAUAGCGAGAAACUACACGGAAAAAUAUUCGAGCAUGAAUUUCCGUCUUGUACAUACUACGUUGCGUAGGUAGUUAGCAUCCAGCGCAGAGACAAUACAAUUUGCCUAUAACAGUCGAGUUCGAGUAGCGGGCAGCGAUGUUGAUGUACUGGCUCGAUCAG